UAUAUUGUGUAAGUCAGCGAGGCAGCCGCGCCUGGACUCGCUAAAUCUUUCAAAUAUUAUUGUGAUUUUUUUUUAUUAUUUUAAAAGUUCGAACUGUGAUUUUUAUACAGAAGGACGUCGUUGUGAAGAUAAAUCUAUAAUCUUUUUGGAUACGAUCUUCGUAUAGUAAAACAUAAAGGUAUAACAAUGUAUUGGCUAGCGGUUCUGAUGCUGACCGCUACUGGUGUGUCAGCGCAAACAGUGCCGACUGCGAUGUCAAGUGUAGCGCCCGAACUACGCGAGUGCUACAUGAAUGUAACACUGUUGAACAGGAACAAUUUGCCACCGGCCACCAUGCCAGUACUCAUCGAUAUCAUUAGAAAGAUUGAGGAUAAUCCCAACAAUGUCCUUGACUUGAGACAGUUAUCUGUCUUGCUGCUCCACACGUACAGACAAGAUGGCAUUGAGUUCCAUCCACAAGAAAACGUAAAUUUAGCAAAUGUAUUGCUCUUCUCACCCACCUUUCACUCAUUUCACCGUCACCGUCUACUUGUAACGAGAAUAAUUCAGGCAUCUGGUAGUCAAUCUCUGAACAAUGACACUAUCUCAUCAGAUUUAAAGUGUGCUCUUCAUCAUAUGUUAUCAACUACUGUUGAUUUUCGGGUUCGAGGUGACGAAAGUAGUUGCAAUCAACUUUCACAGUACCGUAUAUGGAGACAUGUUCGUUCUAUAAAUGACGAUGUAGAGAUUCUAGAUCCUUCCCUCAUAAAAAAUGGCCAUGAGAAUGGUCAAAUCAAUGAACACAAGCCAGACGACGACGUGGAGAUUCAGAACUAUGGAAAUUCGUUUUCAGAACGCCAACUACUGGCGAACAGUCAGUGUCCACUUUUAGGUGGUGUAGUAAGUACUCCGUGGGGAGCCGUGUCGGCUGGUCACGUUAUUGCAGGUAUCGCAGCGGGAACACAGCCUCAGCAAGUCCCCAUUUCGGACCUAACAAGGGGAUCAGUAAAUUUAAAUGAUUACAGAAAUGUUCAACAGACUGUGACUCCAAUUUUCCCGGCGACAUUAUCAGGUGAUUUGGCGGAAGCUGCCCUCAUCCAGGGCACAGAACGAGGCAGUGCUACUUCUGUUUCCAUUGGUGUCGCUGGUGGUUGGAAUAGUACACAAGCAAGGAGAUACUUAAUGCUGCAGUCUAGCACUAAUGUCCAGAUGACUGAUCCGGAAAUCAGAGGAGAUGUGGAUGGUUUCGUUUUGGGAACAGUUAUCCAAUCCGCAUUAAACAUUUAUAACGGUUUAAAACUAUCGCAGGUUUUGGACAUGUACUAUUCUCCACUGAACGGAGUAUUCCAAUCAGAAAUGAGAGCUUGCAACCGACAGGCGUUGGGUGAAACACACAUAACAAUGAAUACUUUAACUGCAGAAACUCGAGCGUUCGCCGCUGCUUUAGAUUCUAACAUUCCUUUGCGUGGAACUAUCGUUGGCGGGUUGGAUCAACUUGUAAGCAGCGCUGUCAAUAACUUCCAAUCCUAUAUGACUAGUAAUUUGAAUGAUCAAAAUUGUGUAACAACACAAAACACGCUCCGUGACUAUCGUCUUGCAACAAACCUCUAUAUAGUUUUGGAUGGGUCGUGGCCGUACCUCACCGUAUACCCUGCUAUUUCUCACUUGGUGGAUAUCAUCGAAGUCAACAAGUUUGGGUCCAGUAUAACUCUCUUAAGUGCUGCCGAUGGAAGUAUUGUCGUGAACAAGACUUUCUCAUUGGCAGAUUUUCAUACUGAAUAUACAGCAACAAGACAUCAAGCAAUGAUGACUUCUAUAAACUUGGAGACCACCCUAACAAACGUGCGUAUAAUGAUGCACAAUGAGCUCGAUCACGAACGGACCAGUAACUACGUAGGUGGUAAUUCAACGGUCCUACUAUUUCUGCUCCAUGGACAAGUCCAGAGUUCCCAGCAGACCUUUGAACAAGCUCGGAUCCUCAACGAAACUGUACCCGAUCUUAGGAUAUUGUUUGCCACAUCAACGAAUCAGUUUGACAAUUUGUGGACUCUUGUUCGGGAUAUGCACAAUGACAUUAUGACCGUUUCUCUUACUGGAUCCGAUAACAGUGUUGCCACUUCAAUGUCCAGGGUAGUUGACAGAAUACAACAAACUGGAAGGAGGAUCAUAAACCCUACAUGUGGCUCGACUUAUAAUAGCAAUCUUUCCGGCACAAGACAAUUUGAUGACUUUGUAGAGCCUGGCUUCAUUAACUUCUACUCCGUCAGCCCCAAUUACUUUUAUUUAAAUAACGACAACCGAAGAGUCCGCAUCAGCAGAACUUCUGGACAAGGCAGCUUGACCGUUUGUCAUUCACGCAGAAUUACUCAGCCCAGACAAAAUAGUACUGUAAACGACAACGAAGACGACACGAUCUGUCAAACAAUAGCAGCGUCGGGUGAAGUGGAAAUUAGAUUGCAGAAUGCGUGCUCUGGUUACUCGACCAUCAACACUUGUCCUUUGUUGUACGUCUCAGUUCAGUCCAAUGCAGUUGCUGCAUCAACGGCAAGUGCUAUCUGCACAGAUCAACGCUGCAGAUUCCCUUACAACAACAGAUAUAUGAUUCAAAUUAAUGACUUUGAUUGCUUCAGCAGUGCUAACAGAGGGGUAGCUAGUUUUGUUGUGAUCAUUGCUGUCGUUAUGAGUGUAUUCUACAUUUAAUUUGUACUACCGAGUUAAUUUUACUAGAGUGUUCAAAUAAAAUUAUUUUAUAGAUUAUAUUUACUUAAGAAUGCACGUAAAUAAUGAUGUAUUUAUAUUAUACAUUUUAUUUUGUAUAAACUUGCGACCUAGCUGAAUAAGUUUUUUUAGUUUUAUUAAUGUUAUUCUAAUAGAAUCGCAUGACUAAGUUUGUAAGUGUUAUAGUCAAGUCUACCACGACUAAUCCAGUAACCUAAAAUCAUGAACAAAAUAAAACUUUCUAUUGUACAGGGUAACAUAACAGAUGGCUCAAAACGCGAUUAUUUCUAGUUUCCUAAAUCUAAACGACAUAUGUGCGUAUUUGGACAACCAUGUAGGUACAGACUUUUUGUAAGAGCGAGUACACUUCACAGUGGGAUGGCGUGAGGGGUGCAGAGGGGGGCCUUGACCCUGGGCGUCACAGCAAUGGCAGCGGCGGUGAGCGCGACCGAACCAUACCUAUAAUAGUCAAAAUAUUUUUUUUUUACUUAACAUUAAAAAAUACAUUCCACUUUUUGAGAAAACGAUAUCCUGAACAACACAAUGGCGACGGCAGGCGAACAUACAAACACAAUCGAGUGGAGCCUGCCCGAACGAAUUAAUUUUGUAAUCGUGAAAAUGAAGGGGGCAAAAAUUUAAGGUUGGCUCUUCAUAGUGAUUACCUAAAUGCAAAUAAAAGAUAGAGCUAUGUUGGAACUCACGACUAAGUUUAAAAUAUUUUUAUGAAAAUAUGGCCGAACAUACCGUCGCUUAAAUGCUAAACGGCCGCAUAUCAAAAGUUCACUUUUUUACAGGAGAGGCGAUCAAAGUUUUCGACCUCAUUUUUUAAUAUUGUUUUAUUUUUAAAUACCCAUGUAUUUAUACUCAAACGAUGCGAAUUUUAAUGCGCUACAAAUUUGUACACACAGACAUAACUCACAAAAGAACUGUUUAGCUCAAAAGUUAGCCACGAAAGUGUAGAAUGCCAAACAGGCAUUUGCGAAAUUCCAUUGUUUAUAAAAUCGCCAGGAGUCUUCGUAUAGUAUUAAAAUUUGACUGUUUUUAAACACAUGUUUGCAAUAAAAUUAUUUUUGAAAUUUUUUGUGAUGCAGCGGUUUAGCAUUUAAGCGACGAUACGUACAUGAAGUAAUUUCAUGUAUAAACAAGAGAUUAUAUCUCUGGACAUCCCUUUUGUGGGCCACUCUGUAUAAAACAAAUAUUAAGUAAUAUUAAUAUAUUAAUGUAAUAUUAAGUACCUUUAAUAUUGUUUUUACUUUUUUGUGAUUGUCUUAAUAUUUUAUUUUUUACAAUUAAGGUAAAUAUACUAAUAAACUUCAUCUAUUUUACGUUAUCCACUCUUCAGCGGGGUCAAAAAACCAUCCUCUAUACUACCACCUGCU